GAGCCAAAAAGAUCCGGAGAGGUCGCAAAAGAGGCACUGGCGCUCGCCACGGAUUCGUUAAGGAUUCCUUCCGCAGGCAUUUCUGAUGAGGCUCCGCCGCGCUCGGCCCGGGGCUGCCCGGGACGCGAAGGGCUGCAGGGUGCGGUCGCCUCGCCUCACCUCCCCCCUCUCGCCGCCCCCUCCCCACCUCGCCCAAGGGGGCCGGAACGGCGUCGGCGCGCGGGGGCUUUUCGGCGCAGUCGAGUGGAAAAUAGACUUUAACCCGCUUUGUGGCGACAGGGGCGCCCGAAGCGCUCUCCCGGACCGGGGCUCCCGGCGCUCAGGCGGGCCACUCCCAAGACCCGGCCUGGAGUCCCUGCAGAGUCACGCGGCACGCGGAACCCCUGGCCUCGGGGCGCCGGCAAGGCCUAGGCCGGAUCUGCGCACCCGGCCACAGCCGGGCCGCCCCGACAGACCCCGGCGACGGCGAGGAAGCGAAACGCGCUGCGGUCCCCUCCUUGCAGUGCUCUGGCAGGGUCCGGGUCCCAGCCUCCCCACCACCGCCCAGCGCCCUCCUAGGCCUCCGUGCGGUGUUUCCUGCGGCCUGGAAGGCCCGGGUGAAAAAGUUUGCUGAGUACUGGUUCUCUUCACCCUCUCACCCCCAGGGAAUUAUUGCAAGAAAUGGAAACCUGACGGAGCAGAGUCGUCCGCUGCUCCGCGGUCGCAGGUGGAAGGUGAGGGUCAGGGGAGGCCAGGCGGCCGCUGCGUUCCCGGGAUGGCUGGGAUGCAUUCUUGGAGACAGGGUCGACUGCUCGGCGAGCUUCAAGUUAAGGCUCGAGGCCCUGGCCUGGCCCGCCUGCACCUGAGCCCCACGACCAGAGAAGGCGAGAAAAGCAGAUCGUCCUCUGCUGAGGCCCGCCGUCCCGGUGCGAGCAGACCGCGGUGGCUGUGGCUGGGCCAAGGAGGUGUUUCCGAACACGGAUUUGCUGCUUGAGGUCUGCAAAGUGACCACUCCGGUGGCUCUUCUCGCGCUGUCCCCGGCCUGGCCCCUGGGUGAAAAGAACUGGGCGUCCCCUUUCUGGAGCCGUCUCCCAUAACACUCAGAAAACGCGAAACCUCACGAACGAGGGCGCGGCUUUUAGACCCGCGUCCCAAGAGACAGAUGGUGGGUGAGCGGGAGGGUCCUGGAGGCCAGGGAGCUUGUUCUCGGAGAACCUAUUUGUUGGGCAAAACCCACCCACCCUCCACUCGGAUCCAAGUUGCCUAAGAACUGAAACGACAUCCCAGGAUGAAUUGGAGGAGGUUCAACUGAGUUACACAUCGGGAAGUGGGGCUGGAGAUUUUCCCAAGCCCCAAGGCCCCUCGGACGCCUUCUUCGGCUCUCGCGUGGGCUGAGGUGGUUGGAGUGGUCGCCAGACUCAGCUAAAGGGCAGAGACGCGAGGAGAAGCUUGUGGCAAGGGGCGGAUGAGGGGUGGGGGGGAGGCCUAGAUCGCCCAGCAAAGGCUCCAGUCCGCUUUUUGCCUCCGACUGCUGGCUCCUUCCCCACCCGCCGUCCCUCGCCCCGCCCCGCCCCGCCCCCCACCUUGGGGCAGGUGAGCGGCGGCCAAUGGGCGAGCGCGGGGCAGGUGCCGGCUAACUCGCGCCUCGCAGAGCAGCGGCCGAGGCUGAGCUGGGCAGUGCUGGGAAGACCAGGGGCGGGGGUCGGUCCUGGCUGGACUCGGGAGGGAGGGGGCCGGGCUCAGCCCCCAGGCCGUAGAGGCAGCUCGUAGCCUCUCACGGAACCCGCGCCAGUGCCUGCGCCGGGAGCUGCCCGCUCGGCCCCAGAGGCCGGCGCGCCUAGCUGCGCGCCGUGGCCCGACUCCGCGUUCGCUCGCUCGCACGCCCCUCGCCUCACAGCGCCUGGCUCGCCGGCCGGGUCUGAGCGCGGGCGGGCGGGCGGGGGAGGUGAGGGGUGCUGGUGUGUGUGCAUGUGCCUGGCUGGGUGCACACCCCGCACGGCGGCGGCGCCAGGACGCGGAGCGCUCCCCAGAGCCCAGCUGCCUCGCUCGGCUCUGGCGACCGCGACCAUGUUCCAGCCCACAGCCAAACGCGGCUUUACCAUCGAGUCCUUGGUAGCCAAGGACGGCGGCACCGGCGGGGGCACUGGCGGCGGGGGCGCCGGCUCCCAUCCCCUGGCGGCGGCCGCCUCGGAGGAGCCACUCCGGCCCACGGCGCUCAAUUACCCUCACCCCGGCGCGGCCGAGGCGGCCUUCGUGAGCGGCUUCCCCGCUGCCGCCGCCGCCGCCGCCGCCGCGGGCGCCGGCCGCUCGCUCUACGGUGGGCCCGAGCUUGUGUUCCCCGAGGCCAUGAACCACCCCGCGCUGACCGUGCACCCGGCGCACCAGCUGGGCGCCUCCCCGCUGCAGCCCCCGCACUCCUUCUUCGGCGCCCAGCACCGGGACCCUCUGCACUUCUACCCCUGGGUCCUGCGGAACCGCUUCUUCGGCCACCGCUUCCAGGCGAGCGACGUGCCCCAGGACGGGCUGCUUCUGCACGGCCCCUUCGCUCGCAAGCCCAAGCGGAUCCGCACGGCCUUCUCGCCCUCGCAGCUCCUGCGGCUGGAGCGCGCCUUCGAGAAGAACCACUACGUGGUGGGCGCCGAGCGGAAGCAGCUGGCCGGCAGCCUCAGCCUCUCCGAGACGCAGGUGAAGGUGUGGUUCCAGAACCGGAGGACAAAGUACAAGCGGCAGAAGCUGGAGGAAGAGGGGCCUGAGUCUGAGCAGAAGAAGAAGGGCUCCCACCACAUCAACCGGUGGCGCAUCGCCACGAAGCAGGCCAACGGGGAGGACAUCGAUGUCACCUCCAAUGACUAGGGGGGGCAGCCACGGAUCCAUGAGGGCAGAGCGUCUGCUCGCUGCUGGCCAGGCCCCCGGGUGGGCCCAGCUGGACUCUGGCCGCUCCCCCGCCAGGCUUCGGGGAGGCCUCGAGUCACGGCCUCACAGGGCUUGGAGCCUGGGGCUACCACUGCCAGAGGGACAAGAAAUGGGCUGGCUGAGGCCUGGGACUGCUCAACCUUCUCCUCGGAGAGCCUGCCUGCCUGGGCGGGCCGCCAGCCACUGCAGCCUCCCAGCCAUUCUCCAUUUCUCUUAUCUCCUGUUUGUUUUGAUGCGUUUCUGUUUUAAUUUAUUUUCCAGGCACCCGCUGUAGUUCUUAGUGAUCCCCUUGUAUCUCCCUUCCCUAUGGGAAUAAUAAAAGUCUCUCUCUUAAUGA